CCGAGUUCGUUGUUCAACUUCCACAGUUGGAUGAUGUUGACUAUGUUCGCCAUGAUGUCGACCCAACUGAAGUUGCAAACAUCCAUCGUGUGAAUUCACAGCCUCAACAAUUAGAUGAUUUCAUUGUCGAUGAUGACAACGAGGGUCUAAAUACCGAAGAAGACAACUCCUUAGAAUUAGAGAGUGACAGUGAUGAUAAUGCUGUAUAUGUAACUGAUGAUGAGGAUGAUGAAUUGUAAUUGACAUAGUGUUUUAAAUAAAAUAAAAAUUACAACCCUUCUUCUUUAAUAUGUUCGCAAUAUGUUAGUUUAUUUUAAAUAAACAAUAUGUGUUGUAUAUGUAGUAUGUCUACACCAGGUGGCAGCAGUUCGAAAAAGAAAGGCGUCAGAGGUAAAUACAAGGGCAAGAAUGUUGAGGAGGAGCUCUCCAAAACACAAUCUGCCAAGUUACCGAUUGAGGUGCACGCAGAGACUGGCACCCCCGUAGGCAAGAACGGAAAAAAAUUCAACAAUAUGGCCAAAUGGAUGACUCGGAUGUCUAUCCCCAUUAAUAAAUUCAAAUGGGAAGAUGUCAGUAGAGCUGACAUCAACGCACUGUGGGAUAGACUUGAGACCAAGUUUAUCCUCCCACGAGAUAACCCUACAUUCGUAGACUACGGUGAGUACGAGAUGUCAAAGGGUUUACGUGACUGGAGGGCAGACUGCAAGAAGAAGUGGAUACAAAACAUUGAGGAGCUUGGACAGGAGAGGGCCGACAUGUCACCUCCUGAGGGAGUAACUCAAGAGGUGUGGAGUGACUGCAUCGCUUAUUGGAGCACAGACAAACAAAAGGCGAGAGCAGCGAAAAAUAAAGAAAGUCGGGGUAAGAUGAAAUUUUUAGGAGGCUGGGGCUCCAAGCCCAUUGUUUCACAUGUUGUCGAAGGGGCUAACCCCGACACAGGAGAACUGCCAACUGCGGUGGAAACUUUUCAAAAGUUUCACCAUAAAGGCAACGAUUGGCGCAACGAGUUCGCGCAACAAGCUUACGAGCAAAUGGUUGAAAUAGCGGCAACUCAACCAGCGCCCACUGCAGAUGAGCCCGAAGAGCCUGCUGUCGAUCCUACACAGUACCCCCGAGACUUACCUGUUAUGACGCAAGUACUCGGGGAACGAUCUCGGCAUCUUAGAGGCUUUGGUCAUCUCCCCAGACUGAAGGGAGUUGGGGCCAAAAGAGCACCUGCCACGCAUCCUUCAGCCCAACCGACUGUUACAAUGGAACAGUACGAGGCUUUACAGAAAAAAGUGGAGGAAGCGGAGCAGACAACUCAACAUACGAGGCAAGAAGAUGAGACACAACAACUCUACCUCAGACGAUUCCAAGAUCAGUUUGAGUAUCUUUCUCGAGCUGUGCCGGGUUUCAACUUGCCUCCCAUGGAUCUUCCACCAUUGCCCACUCCCAGUGCCGGAUCAUCGAGUCGCUUCUGGCAUGUUGGAUCGUCAUCGCAGCCUCCCGAGACUCAGAGAAACAACGAUGACGACAUUACCCGCCUAUAGAACUGUACUUUUUUUAUUAUCCAGUUCGAACAUUUAACAUUUUGUUUAUAUACUGAUUUUAGUAGUAAUUAAUGUUGGUUUAUCUUGUAAUGUAAA